AUGCGCAAGCUUGAUAGUUUCUUCCGCGAGGCACAGUGUUUUGAAGGACUAGGAAUUUUAAACAUGCCACGUCUCGUCCUUAAGCCCUUCACGUUCUCGAACGGCUUGUCAGUACCUCUAGGAGCGACGUGGUCGGUUGCUAUGCGCCCCGCACACUAUGAUGAGGAGAACUAUGCUGAUGCUGCCCUGUUCAACCCUCUUCGAUUUUUGGACCGCACUGAAGAUAAUGAGUCAGAAUCUAGACACUAG